UGAGUAUUUAUAUCGUUUCAUUUAAAAAAAAUGUGCAUAGAUAGUUUCUAAUUCCGUAUAUACAUACAAGGGUUGUUAUUUGCAAAAAGGUGAGCUACUAAAGAAAGAAAAGCCCUUGUCUUCUAGUCAUAUCAAUUGUUCUUUAUCUUUAGUUCAAGAAAAGGAAAAAUUACAUUUUCAUAAUUUUUAUUAAGCUUUUCGUGUCUUCGUUUCCUUGAAGGUUUGUUUUUGUGAGUAGGAUUCUUUAAACAUUCGGUUUUGACUUGACCUGCGAGAUUUGUUUACCCAUUAAUUCUGCAAUUUUAAUAUCUGUCCAUUAACAAUUGAUGCCAAAAGGAAGAUAGACCUUGAUUACAUUCAUUGAUUUUUUUGUUAUAUCAUCAUUUUAAUUUUUUUGCACCGUGUCAAUCGGGAAAGCAUACGUUCUAUUACCCUUUGGAAGAAUUAUAAAAAAUGUCGCAAUCUAUAAAUGAAACUGGUCUCGAAAAAUACCCUUCAGACAAAACGCAUUAUCAGGACAAUAAAGAUGAAAAGAAGUUGGGUCCAAGUAACGAAAAUAUCGUUGCCCAUGGUGAACUUUUAGAUUUAGAACCAAAAAAGGAAAACUUUUUCGAAAGUAUAUUUAACGAUUUUAAACCAGCAACUUCUGUUCGUGACGAUGGUGUUGCCUUAAAAAGAAAACUCAAAGGAAGGCAUAUGCAGAUGAUUGCCAUUGGUGGUGCCAUUGGUACAGGUCUUUUCGUGGGUUCCGGUAGCUCGCUUGCUAAAGGCGGUCCUGCUUCUGUGAUCAUUGAUUAUACAUUGAUCGGUAUCAUGAUGUUUUUUACAGUAUACUCUUUAGGUGAAUUGGCUAUUGCUUAUCCGCUGGCUGGUGGCUUUUAUACGUAUGUCAUGCGUUUUAUUGACCCUGCUUGGGGUUUUGCUUGUGGUUGGAACUACUUUUUUAAUUAUUUCGUCACCUUCCCUCUAGAGUUAACCACUUGUGCUAUCACUUUUAAGUACUGGACGGAAAUUAACAGUGCUGCCUGGAUUACCAUAUUUCUAUUGUUAAUUAUUAUUAUUAACUUGUUUGGCGUCAAAGGUUAUGGUGAAGUCGAGUUUCUCUUGUCGACAAUCAAGGUUAUAGCUACUACCGGAUUUAUUAUUUUAGCAAUCAUUAUCAAUUGUGGCGGUGUCCCAACCGAUCAUAGAGGUUAUAUCGGUGGUAGUAUUAUUAAGAAUCAACCCUUCAGACAUGGCUUCAAAGGUUUCUGCUCUGUGUUUACCACAGCAGCUUUUUCCUUUUCAGGUACCGAGGUUGUCGGUUUGGCGGCUGCUGAGGCUGAAAACCCCCAGAAGUCCUUACCUCACGCUACACGUCAGGUUUUUUGGCGUAUUGCCAUUUUUUAUGUUGUUGGCUUACUUAUGGUUGGUUUACUGGUUAGUCCUGAUGAUCCUAAUUUGAUGAAUAACAGUAGUGGCAAUAGUGUUUCCCCAUUUGUCCUUGCUAUCAAAGAAGCUGGAAUAAAAGGGCUGCCUUCCGUCUUUAAUGCCGUCAUUAUAAUUUCUGUUAUUUCAGUCGCGAAUGCUUGUACUUUUACAGCAAGCCGUACAUUGCACGCUCUUGCCCUGAAUAAGCAUGCACCUUCCUUUUUUGGUUAUACAGAUCGUCUGGGCCGCCCUUUAAUGGCCAUGAUUGUAGUUCUUUCGUUUGGAUUCUUCGCUUAUAUUAACGAAGCUAAAGGUAAAAGUACAACGAUUUUCAAUUGGUUACUUGCUAUAUCUGGUCUUGCAAACUUCUUUUCUUGGGGUAGUAUAAACCUGUGCCAUAUUGUCUUUAGACUUGCCAUGAAAAAGCAAGGUCGCUCUUUAGAUACUCUCGGAUUUGUGUCACCUAUGGGCAUCUGGGGCUCAUGUAUUGGUUUGGGUUUCAACAUUUUAUGUUUAAUAGCUCAGUUUUAUGUAUCACUUUUUCCUGUCGGCGGUAAACCUAAUGCGGGUGACUUUUUCCAAGGUUACUUAGCCGCUAUUGUGGUCGUCCUCUUUUUUAUUGGAUAUAAGAUCUAUGACAGAUCACGCAUACCAUCUUUAGCUCACAUUGAUUUGGAUACAAAUCUGCAUACUUAUGAGGAUCUUACAGAUAAAGAAAAGCCUAAAGAUGCCAAAGGACGUAUAAAACAAGUUUUGACUAGUGUGUGUUAAGUAAGUUGCAUAGUUAAUUAAUAUAUUUUAUUUUAAGCAUG